CCCAACCUUAGGCACUGACUCACUUUCCAUCGUGAACUCUCUCGCCCCUGGGCUCGAAAAAUAUUCAACUCCGCGCCCUAAACUCCACGCUUUGAAAUCGCAAAUUGAGGGGCCUCAAUCAUGGAUGGCGCUAACAACCUUAAUUUUAACGACCUGGAUUUCGACUUGAGUUUCAACACGGAUUAUACGCAGCCGGCUGCGCAGAUGACGGAUCAGGCGUUUAUGAAGCCGAAUGAGGAUAACACCUCCAGCUUCUUCUUUGCGGGUGAUGAGGGGAUUGAUACGUCUGGGGGCCAGUUUGGAGUUGCGAACACGCAGCAGUCCUUUGGUUCCAUGAAUGCUACAGAUCUCUUUUCUUUUCCCCAUGAGACUGGAUUUGGACUACAGCAGAACUUGAGCAUGGAUAACACCAUGGCAAGUGCUUCCGCGUGGAACAACCAGCUCUCUCCCGCGAUAGAUGACUUUGCAUCCACAUCCACACCAGUUCAGUCAUUUGGGUCGCUGAAUCAAUCACAAUUCAGCGGUAGCGGUAAUAUCCACAAGCGUCCGCUACAGCUGGAUACCCAGGACUUCCCACAGCCGAAGCGUCAGGAGAGGUCGGGGUAUGCCGACUUCUCACCCUUUGUCCCGUCUGCAAGUGUGACCGGGUCAAGCUGGACGGUGGAUACCCAGCCGACGCCAACGAGUUUGAAUGAGAUCGGGCUUAGUGACGAGGCGGCAGAUGUUUGUGCUACGUGGUUUAGCAAGUAUGGUGUGCUUCCUGGUGACCGGCAUAUCGAGUCUCUCAGUCAGCUCACAGAGGAGUCGCCAACUGCCAUCCGACAUUGGUUCGGGCAAAUGCUAAAGCAGGGCAUGUCUGGUCAUGACUCUGCAUACAAGUCUCAGACCAGGUUAAGCCAGCAAGACCAGCUGACAAACACCUCAACUGGUUGGAUGGAUACAGCUUCCACUGCUCCAUGCAGCAACGAUACUACGACAACGACUGGGCAGUCAGCUCCUCGCGGUGGAAGGAAGGGAUGCACUCCUACAGACAAGCAUGAGCUUCUUUGUAGAGACCCCAACAAAAUCUACCAGUGCACACGAAAGUGUGGGAAGCGAUACGGCCGGAAGUGUGAUUGGAAGAGGAACGAAGAAGAAGGCUACCCAUCCAAGUCUUGGCAAUGUAGUUUGUGUGUCAGCCAGGGCGUGGAGAAAGUAAAGCCUUGCUUUCGACGAUACCAUUUCUCUCAACACUUCAGGAACAUCCACCCGGGGCUGAAUAGUGCAGACUACGAGGAGGAGAGUGUCGUCCAUUCUGACACUUCAUUCCCUCGCAAAUGCGGCUUCUGUCCUCACCGCUUCACGUCGCGACAGGACCGCAUUGACCACAUAGCAGACCAUUUCAAGAAAGGAAAGAACAUGCUCCUCUGGAAUGAUGAUGAGGAUGACAGCAACGACUCUGAUAAUGUCGAUGAUGACGACGAUAGGCAUGACAGCGAUGCCUUCGACAAUAACAACAAUAAUAGCAAUCAUUCAAACAAUCCACAAGACAAGGACUCACAAGACCGGCCAGGCCCAAAGCAAAACGGCAGUGGCAAUGGCGGUAACCAACGCGGUGGUCGACGCCAACCUCCACCGAGCUUCUCGCAAUUCCACUUGUCAGAGAUCAGUGACGAGGUCUCUCACGGACAAUCUUCCUGCGGCGAGACAGCCAACCAGCAUAUUAAACCACAUUGUUCACAGACAUACAGUGGAACACAGGGUCACAUUUUCUCAGAUGGCUGUGCUGAGGGACGUUCACCUCCAGGAGCGUACACCGGCGAACGAAUCCACAGAAACCCCAAGUCAACCUCGAGUUCAUUUUCAUCUCCAUCAGGCUCAAUCCCAAGGCGCGAUGAAGCAGCGGACUGUCACACGGAUGCUAUGGCCAGAGAUGCUGUCACCAGGACCGUAAGUAAGGCGAUGUCACCCUUACCAAAGAUUACGAAACCCGAACUAGGCGGACUAUUGCAAGACCUAGAUGACCAGACCACACAAGAAAGGCCAUCUACGACAAAUGACACCCACUGGGCAUAUUCGAAGCCAGAGGGAAGCAACUCUGUUUCGGUAUCUCCUAACGUAACCCAACCUUUGGAAGAUGUCAGUUCAGUCUCCGAUUCUUCCUCUCUUGGAUCAUCGGAUAUGGACCUAUCGUCACCUGCGGAUGGGAUUCGCCCUGCUGAAAGGGUUGGUGCAGUAGUUGAGGAUGAGUCUUCCUCGAAUGCAUCUUCUUCAAAUGAUGGGCACUCCUUCGAGUCCACGAUGCCUCCACCGCGGGUUCCGAGACAGUCUCCGGAGAGCACCGAUGAGAAAUUCAAAGUUACGCCUACGUUCUGCGACUUGAUUCAAGGGUACUGUGGCGAUAUGGCUCCCUGGACUGAAGAUCUACACCACGACCUCCAGCCUGACGAGCCGGGACUGCCAGCCUCAUCUCUUUCCUCAACCUUCGGUUGUAUGCAACCCUUCCGCGAACCCUUCAACGAAGAGAGCAAGGAGAAAGGCAUUUGUCCUAACCCAGAGUGCGGACGUGUCUUCAAGCAUCUCAAGACCCAUAUGCUGGCCCACCAAAACGAGCGACCAGAAAAGUGCCCAAUCGCGACCUGCGAAUACCACUUUAAGGGCUUCGCACGAAAGUACGACGAGAACCGACAUACACUAACUCACUACAAAGGUACCAUGGUCUGUGGCUUCUGUUCUGCCACUGCUCUAACGGAAAAUUCCUUUACCCGCACGGACGUAUUCAAACGCCAUCUCACUCGGGUUCACGAUGUCAAGCAGAACCCUACUGGCAGUCGCAAGAAAUCUCGAUCUGAGAAGCCCGGAAAUUGCUCCAUAUGUACAGUCAAGUUCGCCAAUGCUCAGGAAUUCUAUGAACAUCUGGAUGACUGCGUUACGAGAGUCGUACUGAAGGAUAACCUAGAGAUGCAUACACAACAAAUAAAAGAGAGCGCCGUCGUUAUUGGCACAGGUCAAUCGCUCCAAAACCCUGAAGACUUUUUCAACGCCCUCAUGAGCCGGACAGACACGCAUAAAGACGUGAGCUAUAUCGAGACGCAUGGAAAUGGUACCCCUGCCGGUAGUGGUAUAGGCAUUACCUCUGUCACCGAUGUCUUCGCCCCUCGCCGCAGCCGACACCGCUUCCAUCAAACGCACCACCUCGGUGCCACCAAGGCCAAAAUUGGCCACAGCAGUGCUACCGAGGGUAUCAGCUCGCUCCUCGAGGUCAUAAUGAUGAUGAACGCUCGCACUGCUAACGUCACUAGCAAGCAUGUUACAGAUGAAAACGAUCUGGAGAAAGCGCAAGAGGGUGUCCUAUUGGACCACUAUUCGGCUACUCUACUACAAGACAGCUCUUUGAGCGACGGAUCCGAAAUGGAUGUAAUGCAAGAUCCUCUCUUGGAGACCACUUGUCAAGCCACGGAACACUUCGGAUAUGCUUCAGACCAGACCUCUUCGGGCAAAUCCGACUGGCAUGAGAUAAACCCUCCUACACUAGACAUGUACCAUACAUCGCAAUCCUUCCUCAGCGUCAAGCUCCUUGGUACUGGUGGCUUCAGUACAGUGGACGAGGUCGUUCACCGCGAGACAAACCUGAGGGUUAGUCGGAAGACACUGAAGAACCGGGAACAUUCUGCAUUGGAGGAGCUUAAGAAAGAAGUUGAUGUGCUCCAGAAACUUCGGCACCCUCACAUCAUCCGCUUCCUCGGAGCGUACUCAAAGGGCGACAAAGUCUCAAUCCUCCUCUCUCCGGUGGCGGAGACAACGCUUGCCCUCUGGAUCGACAAAUCUAUGACAGAGAAACCCGCUGGGCUGACUGAAGUAAUCCUCAAGAUGUAUGGCUGUCUUGCAUCAACGAUUCGGUAUCUCCACGAGCAACGGCCGGUAAUCAAGCAUAUGGACAUUAAGCCACAGAACAUCCUUGUCAUGCAUGGUGACUCCGGCAUCCCCCACAUAGUCCUGAGUGACUUCGGCAUCAGUUCUUCAGAGGAGGAUUCCUCUGGCCCCCGCUCCAAGCCUCUAACACGCCAGUACUGCGCGCCUGAGGUACCCGAAACCGCGACUCGCGGACAAGCAGCAGAUAUCUGGAGCCUUGGUUGUGUAUUCCUUGAGAUGGCCUCUGCCAUCCUCAUCCAGAGCAAUCCGAAGUGGCAAGAAUUCCGCCAGGAGUUCCAUGGCAGUGAUGGCAAAUGUUACUGGCAGGACGUUUCGCGACUACACGAAUAUCUAUCUGAAUUCCUCGACCACGCCACCGCUCCGCAAGAGACCGCCGCCCUUCACACCAUCAAGGCGAUGCUAAGUCGAGAGCCCGCUGAACGACCGAAUGCGGCAAGGCUUACCAUCAUCUUCACUCCCUCUGCUUGCUGCCUCAAGUGGCCAAACGAGAAGGUCUCGUUCCCUGGUCCACUCGAGGAGCUUGGCACAGUAGAGAUGCUUGAUUGCCUGGCCGAGUUGCAGUCAUGUACGGGAGCCGAUCACAGGCAUGAACUUGGACCCUUUGAGCGAGCGAAGUCGUGGCUUGAUGAGUGCUCCCAUGGACACGAAGCUUGUCGCCGACAGACCUCAGAUUCUAAGUCUCUCCCGACACGCCUCGUCGACAGUCAGCCGCGUGGACCAGAUGGCCGCACUAUCCGCGUCGUCAACAGCUCUGAGAUUGAGUGGGAAUCAAGCCGAGUCGAAUAUGUCGUCCUCAAUCACCUCUGGAGCCAGUGGGACGUUACCCUCUCCAACGACCGUCUGGGCAGCAGCCAAGGCGAAAUCUCUCGCGAGAUUCUCCCGAAAGCAGUGAACGACGCUAUCUCAGCGGCAAACCGCAUCGGCUUCCGCUACAUCUGGGCCGACUCCCUAUGUGUCCUCCAGGAUUCGGAAGAAGAGAAACGCCGCGAGUGCGCCGCCAUGGCAUCCGUAUACCGCAAUGCAGCCCUCACAAUCGUCGUCGACAAGGUCAACCAAGAGAACGCGGAAAACGACAGAAGCGAUAGCGUCAACCCUGUCCUUCGAGCCGCUCUCACCCUCAGCGACGACAUCGCUAACACCUCCCUCCCGCUCAUCGACUGGUAUGCCCCGGGUUUCGCCUGGGAUACACGGGCUUGGAGCCUCCAAGAGCGGCUGCUCAGUCACCGGCUACUCCACCUUGCGGGCGAGCAAAUGUACUGGGAAUGCAACUCGCUCAAGGCGAGCGAGACAUUCCCACGCGGUCUCCCGCCUCUCAUUUGGGAAAAGGUACAUACCAAGACGACUGAAGCCGUGCCUGGCCUGCGACGCGGGUGCCAGCUUACGAAAGACGGGAGCACGGACAAGAUGAAGAUCAAGAUACAUGGCCUACGAGGGGAUGCUGUAAGUGUCAAGAAAGAAGAAUCGGUGUGCUUCGAGAGUGUGGACCUAAUGCCCGAUGUCAAGUCCAAGAUUCAUGAGAAUGAAGAUGCAAAGUUCGAUAUUACGAAGUUUGAGAUUGAUGGCAAUGGGAAGCAAGACUUCAAGAAUGGGUUUAAGUUUGAUUUCGAUUUUAGGUUUUCUUCCUCCAAGUCGCUGGUCGACGUGACGUCGCCUUAUUCCAUCCACGAAAACAAAACAAAAGAACAAAAAAAGUUUGAAAAGGAAAAAGAUAUAUUUGGGGAUGUCAAAGCCGUCAAGGUUGAAGACGUUGACAUCAUUGAAGACGUUGAUGGAGAUGUGGACAUGGAUAUGGAUAUGGCUUAUACUGAUGCUGAGCCAACGAGCGGACUCAUUCGCGACCCUGGAAAUGGACAUCCUGCCACCUCGCCUAGCUCAGGAGCUAGCGCGGCGUACACAUAGAGGUCAAACUAUUUUUUAAUCAUCGUUGAUGGCGCAAACAUAGUUUAGACUUUGCGAGUCAUGACAUGAUGGUGGGAUAGACUCUUGGGGACCUGUUCCUCCCUUUGACGGCAGCAAGGCUGGUGUCACGGUGUUUGGUACUGAGCUCUGGGAGUCAUGGAAGUUUGGGAUAGGUAGGGGGUUGGAAAUCUGUAAUUACCUUCAGCUCGGGGACGGGUACAGAUCUUCAAUUCUUCCAAAGGUGCUUAUGGAUGGCGUAGGAGGGCUGAUGCUGCGUGGAUUCUGCGCAUAUCUGGGAAGUUUGGUGAGAGGAGUGGAUUCGGAUGCGCUUUCUUUUUUCUCGGUUCGUUUAGGUAGCUUGACUUUUCAAACGAUCAUGAGUUCAUUU